AUGCAUCACUCCGAUGUGACGACGCAGUCUGCUUUCUUAUCCCUGAAGGGACUCAAUAUGCCCUCCACUUAUCAUGACGCCCUGGCUGCUGAAUCGGAGGAAUACCAGCGACUAGAUGCUGUGCUGUCAUUGCUAUUCCCUCCCACGGUUCGUGUGCAACAAUCGCAGAAUAUCCUCGGUCAUAUGCAUUGUUUGCGCCGCCUCACCCUCUCCAACAGAGUUCGAUUACUGCUCAAAAGUUCUCCUCUCCCGAGGACCCCCCUUCUUCGGCACGAACGUCUUUAUCUGGAGACGGAAGCCCGUGUCUUGGCUCUUCUAGGGCACAAUGCAAAUCCGUGCAUUCCUCGACUCUAUCACUACGAUCCUCGCGGGGCGCAUUUAGGAUCUGCCUUCCUUGUGCGGCAGUAUGUGAAGGGGAGUAGACUCUCGGACAUGCAAGGCCGACUCACUGCCCGACAAUGCAACGAUAUUGACCGUCAUCUGGGAUUCCUGGCCGCUACGAUUGGCCAGAAUGUUGCUCCUGGUUUUGGCACUUUGCAGCAAGUCGCCAUCGGAGCUGGGAAACGGUCGUGGCGGGAAGCAUUCUGUGCUCUAUUUGAGAGCGUGCUCCGGGACGCCGAAGAUAUGUUCAUUCACCUACCCUACGCAGAGAUUCGGCAUGAGCUGGUCCGCUUAGCCGCUGCGCUUGAAGAAGUCACCUUGCCCCGUCUCACGGUGGUGGGCUUUGGUCGACCGACCCAUGUCUUCUUGGAUGAGGAAUCCAAACAACUCUCUGGUGUUGUGGACUUCAGCAGUGCCUUCUGGGGCGACCUAUUAAUGGCGGAAAUCUUCGAGGAUCCAUCACCCGCCGUGUUAGAAGGAGCCGCGCUACCUUUGUUCCGAACGAAGAAAGCGAAUAUCCGUGUACUGAUGUAUUCCUGCUACCGAUUGGUAUGCCAAAUCACCAUACAAUACUAUCGUAGUCGCGAUGAACCAAAGGAAUUCUAUGCGCGAAGGCGACUGACCGCCGCCAUCGCGAAGUUGAUGGUGAUUGAAUCGGCAUGA